AUGAUAUUAGGUGAGAAGACCGCCGAUGAGAGUGUGGUGGUACCCCGCGAGAAGACGGAGGAAGAGCUGCGCGCCGAGGCCGAGGCUGAAGCGUUGGCCAGACAACUGACACUGGACGAAUUCAAGGCGCAAAUGGCGGCCAAACGCGAAGAACCUCAAUUCAACAUACGCAAAGCGGGUGAAGGCACCAACGACAAGCAGUUCGGUGGUAAGCUGGUGCCGCUGCAAAGGGAAGAGAUAGAGGAGCCGCAAGAGGAGGAGAUCGUCGUUGUGGUGAGUGCUUGUUGUUGGUUCGAUUGA